UGUCUUGUCAGGUAAGAACGGGUUUAUGGAAUUCUCGUUUUAGUAACACAUAGGUUUUACUGAUUACUCACAACUAGUUCAUUAUAAAUGCAAAAAAAGAUAACGAGAGUCAUUUCAUUAAUAGAGGAAGGCGAUCUUUCUAAAUAUUAGCUCCCUGGAAGUCGUUCAAUGUUUUUGCUACUGAUUAUCCCAUGUAUAAAAUGCGCUUAAUUUGGCGUCGUCAGUUUUGUUUUCCUCUUUUCCUCCUGCUAGGCGUAUCGGCCGCACAUAAACAGUUGGAAUGACGUUUGUGAAGCUGCCUCGUCCCCAGUCGCUCGCGUUGCUGGCCUCCCUUUCUCGCGCUUCUCGAUUGUUUCGUUCUCGCUACUAAGCCUUGGGAAAGCCUGUAAAAAGGCACUUUUUAAGGGACCAAAUGUGUGGGGAUUUCUAAACUGCACAGCCGUUUUAUAUCUUUAUCACAGAUAUUUGCCAGCCAAGAUGGAGUUAUUUUGGUGGCUACUGUUACUUCACAAGUCGUGCAUGCGCCUCGUGGCUGACCGCUGAGUCAAACUGUUCUACGAAGAGUUCCAAUUUGGUAACGGUUCACAAUCAAGAAGAAAAUGUCUACAUUCAACACCGUCACAACGGAGAGAGAUCUUGGAUUGGACUCAAUGACCGAAGUGUGGAGGGCUCCUUUGUGUGGACAAACAAAGAAAUAAGUAGUUUUAGGUUCUGGGCCCCACAGCAACCGAAUGACUGGAAAAACGAAGACUGUGUUCACACUCUUGGCGCCAAGCAUGGUUACACUUGGAAUGAUGUGCCAUGUACCAACUGUUACAACUACACUUGUUUUAAAGGUACUAAGCGUAGCACUAUGAAGAUAUAUAACCGUAUAUAUCUUAAUCUUCAUGUUCUAGAUAGUGAAUCUACUGAGUUAAAACUACGUUCAAAAAGGUCGAAACACAAUGACAGCAUGUUAGGCAGAUGGUUAGACACAUUGCUUGAAAAGGAAGAGAGGGUAGCACCGAUCAGUUUUAUUAUUAGAAACAUAGGGAAACAAGUCGUAUACAUUUGCAUUAAAAAAAUGUUCAUUGACCUAAAAAUGGCCGCAAAAGCCUGAAAUCGGCGUAAUCAAAAGAAGAACGAGAAAGCGUUCAUACGUUGGAACCACGGGAAAAGUCGCGCUAACCUCCGCUUACUUUUUAACCCAGUUUUCUAAACACCUCUUUUCAAAUUAUUAACGAACAUAAGUACGUACGUUAACUCAGGACACGCUUACGACCCUUUUUGCAAGUUCCUUUUUUCAAACAUUUUUUUUUUGCCUUGCCAGUGUACGUCAAUUACCCAACUACACCACAGUAUAUUCGUUUCAAACAAGCUUCAUUAACUAUAAAAGUCACGUUGUUUGACAAGAAGCCUCUGUGUGCUUACUUUUUAGACCUGGACGAAUGUACCACUGGUUCCCAUUCCUGUGACGUCAAUUCCGUUUGCCAGAAUACCGUGGGUUCAUACAAAUGUUCGUGUAAUGCUGGGUACACAGGAAAUGGAAAACCUUGCAAUGGUAUUUACGAUACAGUUGAUCCUCCAUGUGCGACCACCUCUUCUAGGCGACCCAUAAGUCGACAUGGAGCUACACAUAUCGUAACUUUGAAAUUGCACACAAUAAAUUGUUUUUCAAAGAGACGACCUACUCUAAUCUAAAGGUUCUUAAACAAGACGACGAAACCAUUGAAGGUGCAAUGUUUGUGUGCAAAAGCCCAACACUGUCAUGUCAUUUUGGAAAAAAGCCUAAAACCAUAUUUGUUAAAAGAUAAAAACAAAAAACAAACAAGAACAAAAAAAAUGGAUACAGUCACCUUAGCGACCAGACGUAAACCAUCAGGUAGAUUUAAUAUUAGUUAUUCCAACGCUUUACGUAACUUACAAUUCUCAUGCAGAUAUCAACGAGUGUUCCAUCAACUCUCAUAGCUGUGACGUUAAUGCGGUUUGCAGCAAUACUGUUGGAUCUUACGCAUGCGCAUGUAAAGCAGGAUUCACAGGCGAUGGAAAAACAUGCUCUGGUAAGCUAUUGCGGUGUUGUAAAACACGCUUCCAAAACAAUGUGUGUACCUGUAUUUUUUGUAUCCGAUCUUUACAUUUAAACAUGUAGAAGAUGAUGGGCAUAUAACAAUUACAGUAAAACUAGAAAUACGUAUCUCUCGCAAAAUUUCACUAAACUCGGUCUUGCACAAUUGUCAAGCCCAGCCGGUUAGAAAAUGAUUGGGUGACCAGGCUCUAAUCUGUCUUCUUUUUUGUUUCUUUAUUCUAUUUGAUUUUUAAAUGCGUAUUUUAAAGCAUAUUCAGCAUUAUUUCGGCUUAACCUCAAAUCAAAGAUAGAUUUUGGGGACGUUCAAGGUUUUUUUCCGUAAAACCCAAACUGAAACGCACUUCCGACAAACAUAUCUUAACGAAAUUGAUCUAUAGUAUGCCAACCGAGCAAACGGGGUACUUUGCUGUUAUAUUUAAUAAAAAUUCGAAUUGAAUCGUUAUGCAUUUCAGAAAGGAAAUUGACUCCCUCGAAUACUCCCUCUUACUAUAGCUGUUCUGAUAUAGAGCUAAGAGGAAGUCUCACGUAUAAGCUAUCGUGAGACGUCCUCGCCUUUUGAGAUUCUUUCCUUUCGAAUUGUGUUUAUUACUUGUAAUUUAAUGUUUCCCCCUCCGUUUAUAUGUAAAAAAGGCAAAAAAAUCGGAUUACCUAUAGCAUAUAGUUAAGCAGGGUUAACGCAUACAGAAAAUGAGAGUAAAUGACCUUAUUGAUCUUGAUUUUGCUGCAUCACUAAACAAGAAGGCUUCCUGACUUUUUACGCCAGAUGUCGACGAGUGUUCUACCAACUCUCACAGCUGUGACGUUAAUGCGGUGUGUAGUAAUACUGUUGGAUCUUACGUAUGCGCAUGUACAGCAGGAUUCACAGGGGAUGGAUUCACAUGCACUGGUGAGCCGUUUGAGUUUAAUUUCGUUUGUAUGAUAUGUUCGCUUUUAGAUUGAACAGCAACGACAGCAAUGCAAGAGUCUUUUGUGCUCUUCUCGCUUUUUACAGUUAAAGUUUUGGUUUGGCAGGAGUUUAAAUUAAUUUUAAUAUUGACUGUAUCUAGUAAGCAAAUAGAAAAGCGGAGCCAAGCAUCCAGUUUAUAUUAUCGGACACGUGGAACGAUUGUGCUUGUUCAAACCCGCGAUCAUUUUUUUUAGGCCUAAUAAUAUACAUGAAAAAAACUACUCAAUACCUAUUGGCUGAGAAAGGAGUGCAUUUCUUCCGUUACACGAGUGCAAAUUUGUAAGACAAGUGCACAUUACAAAUGGUUUCUGAUUGGUUGAGAACAAAAAAGAAACCAGCAAGAACCAAUCAGAUUAGAGCUGUUUUAACAACAAAAUUUAAGAAAACGGCCAUGGUGUUUAGCAAACGACGAUUUGAUUUCAUGUACGCAAAACAACAAUAGAAAAGUUAAAAAAAAUUCCAAAAACUCAAACUGUGAAAAGAACGUCUUUCCGGCUAAAUGAGAAACUAAACAAGCUACUUAUAACGGACUACGCUAAAGUAGAAAAUAAAGAACAAACACGGUGGCAAACACCCGCAAGCCAUGACAGAUCCACUUUUAAGGCAUUUAAAUGAACACGGAUACAAGUUUUCCAUCAUAACAACAAGGACUUCAAGUCACGUCAUUCUUUUGUUGGAGGAGAAAGAGGUCCGGUUGCUCUCUUUAAGUCUUUUGUCGAGCAAAGACCUCUAUUAAAACAUCCAUGCGAUGGUCUGUUUCUUUUCUUCCUCGGUAGCAAACGAAACCGAAAAUUUAAAGAUCUGGUUCAAACUAAACCAAUGUGCGAAAAUACCAUCCGGCUAACAUUUUAAUGAAAGUGUCCGUAAAGUGGUAGUACUAGCCUUAAAGAAAAUGAGAAAAAAGUUUACGAAUCAUGGUGUAAGGAAAACAACAGUCAGCAAGCUGAAGAAAGCAAACCUGAUAUAUUGUAACUUCAGAAUAUAUCACCACUGUCAAAGGCCACAGAGGUAUAAAUUUCCUCAACGACUACGAUGAAGCCGACGAAGAAGAGCGACGAUGACUCUCUCUUGCAAUAUCCAAAUGAAUAAUAAAACCCCAGCGCUGAGAAAAAACAAAUAUUAUAUUAAUACCGGCGGGAGUUUCCGACAUCACAACAACUGUGGCUCCACUCACCCAUCGGCGACGGCGGCGUCGAAAGAAAACAAAUUUGCUCCUUCAUUUUCGGGCUGUUUAAUUCUCAAAAAUUUCUCCAUGAAUCCAGCUAUGAUGAAUAUACCCUCCUCAAACAGAAAACAGGAGCAUCCACCGAAUUCAUAUCAAACAUCAGAAACGUUGGAAUAAUAAUAAUAAUAGUCAUUAUAAUUAUAAUAAUGAUAAUAAUAAUAGUGAUGAUGAGAAUGAUAACAAAAUUAGUUUCCACUAAAAACUAAACGCAGCAAAACUAUUUACAAACUCAUCAAAAUAGCCAACAAAACUAUUUACUUGAGAUAUCGACUUUUUAAUGUCCUUUGAAAAAACUCAAUGCUUCGCAUGUCUUUUGUUUGACUAUCCACAGAGGUCCAAAAAGUAAGUUACAAGCGAUUCUGACAAUUCACACAAGACUUCAUAUCAAACAUCAAAAACCUUUAAAGAACGUUUGAAUCAGUUAUGCAAAUUGCUUAAAUUCAACUACUUAUUAGUACUUCGCCUUUCGAACGGAUGAAUGGUCAGAAGCACGGAUACUGAGUGCAGCUAAGGUGUGUCUCCCAACUUUAUAAACUUUUAAUUAUUAUUAUUACUUAUUUUUUCAGACGUAGACGAAUGCACAGCAGGUACCCAUGAUUGUCAUACGUCAGCUACUUGCACGAAUACCAAAGGUUCUUUUACUUGUUCAUGUAACCCUGGUUACACGGGCGACGGCAAAACCUGUAGCGUUGGUAAGCUGUCUUAACCUACUAGGAACUAAAUCCAUCUGGAUUGCUUGUGUUGUAAAUCUAACUUUGUCUUCCUUAAAAAAAAAAACAUUGGCUAGUAAUUAUACUUCGAUGAUCAAUGCUCGUAAUAUGAUAAAGAAAAAGAAAUGAAAAUGUAAUUGGGAGCUGGAGGCACAUUGAUUGCAGGUAGGAGCUGCAGGUAAAGUGUCUCCUAAUUUGUCGCAUGAAACAAUGCUAUUUCUUUCUUCCAAUUGUUUUAGUAAUAAGUAUUGUUUGGGGUCAGGGAAACGCACCAUUAAUGACUUCUCUUCCGAGCAGCUGACAAUUGAUUCCAAGGCUGCCAUACCUCACAAUAACAUAACAUAAUGCCUUCAAAAUCAACACUUCUGUAGUACACGAAAAGCCAUACUACCAGACACCUUUUUCCCUUUCGUCGACGAUCGUUGCCAUUAUUUCUACCAUUGAUAACCUAACCUUUCUGUAAUAAAUUCCCUGAAGGCGAAUAAUAUUUUUUUUAAUUAGUUGUAGAAAUAACGUACUAUAUGCGACAAGUCUCCGUGCCGCGAGCCAAAUUUUAAUAAGACGAAGGACUUAUUCGAAAGUUGAUAUUACUUGAGAAUGUAAGCAAUAAAUCUCCGUCGGCGGUCCGGUCCGGAAGGAAAUCAUGAUAUAAUGUGACAGUUCUAUUGUCUUUAAAAGAGAAAAAACAGAUAACGCUCGAGAGUGCGCAUAAUUGGAGCGCUGUCCUUUUAAGCGAUUGUUUUCCUCACUUGUCUCUAACAUAAGUUGUGUUAGGAAUGCCAGUAAACCAGACGACAACAAUCAAUGAGAAUCAAUCAUUGAUUUCAAUCAAUAUAAGCAAUAAAAAUCAAUAAAAAUCUAUUGAUUUAUAUUGAUUGGUUUAGCCAAUCAACAAAAACCGAUAAUUACUCACCGAUUAUGCAACAGUAAAAACCCUAGCCUCCCACGCAGACGUUCUUAGGGGAUCGUCACGCGUCCCUGUCCCACUAACGACGUUAGUAGGACAGGGAUGCGUAACGAACCCCUAAGAACGUCUGCGUGGGAGGCUAUUAAAACCAGGGUAGGCAUUAGCUUAAAUGCUGGUUAAUCGUCGGUCGCAAGCACAAAAAAGCUGUUACGUUAUGUCUGUGGAAAUUUCUAUUUCCUGUGUAGUCAUGGAGUAUCACACUGUCCUUUUAAAGUAAAUUAAAAAGGAAGGGGAAGUGUUUUCCGUUUCCAAGAAGAGGAGAGAACUGAGGGAUGAACGAGGGGAGAACGGAGGGAACUGAGGCCAGCUUGGCCAUCUCCAAGCCGAUCUUGUCACCCCACUUUAUCCACAUCAAGCGGAUAUUUCCGCAUAAGUACAGUAAACGGAGGAGUAAAACAGUCUGUAGAAUACUUUAAACAAAUCACACUACAGCCAAUCAAAUCGAUGUAAAUCAUGAAAAUCAAUGAAAAUCAAAAAUCACUCAAGACUGCGGCUUUGAUUUUUAUUGAUUUUCAAUAUCUAUCAAUUCAUUGCUAUUGAUUUUUAUGGACUAUUAUUGAUGCUAUUGAUUAUUGAUUUUGAUUGAAUGUCAUCGUCUGGUGGUACAAUGUACAAGCAUUUGUGGUACUUACAGUCGAGGCCCCUGUGUGUCAGUAAAUCCGAUGGUCGUGGGGUUCCAAAUGCAAAUUUGUUCAAUUUUACAUUUCUCCUGGUCGAUUUUGGUAAAGUGUUGUGUUCAUCUGCGAACCUCAAAUGCUUCUUCUAGAGAAGACUAUAUGCCACAAAUAUAGACCUGCGAACCUCAAAUGCUUCUUCUAGAGAACACUAUAUUCCACAAAUAUAGACUGUUUUGUUAGAAAUUCAUUGCGUUUACAUUUGACCUUUGUGGCCUUUUGUCUAUCAUUCGGAAACAAUAGCUAAAACAAUGUAACUACUCAGUCGACCAAUCAACGCUUCUGACCGGAUUUCGGACAGAUUUUACGUCAUCAGUAUGGAAUUUCGGUCGCUCCCCAGCGGCAAAGAGCGAGGAGAAACGACUGUUUUCGCAGGCUACAUCGGAGGGUAUCCCCCAAAAUUACAGUUUUGAAUAUCCCUGGAAUUUAGUUUAAUGGCAAAAUGCAACGCGCGUUUCCUUAAAAAAAGAAUCAGCCAGUUAAAAAGUCGUAUUCCAUCCUGUCGAUGUAAGAAUUUCAAUCUCAAACAAGCAUCAGGUCUGAUAAGGGGGUGCGGACCCCCCGGACCCUCCCCCUUGAUCUGCCACUGAUUAGUAGAGAUGUACGGUGCUAGAUGAGCUGGGAUUGUCUGAUAAAUCUGCUUUGUCUUUUUUGUAGCAUGUAGAGCUGUAGAGGUAACGGACCCAAAGAAGAUACCAGAUGUCAGAAUGACGGCAAGCACAGUUCACAGUUCGUCUUAUCAACCGCACUACGGAAGGAUCAAUACAACAAGGGGUACCCACGGAUGGUGUCCGAAGACCAACACCAAAAGGACAGACUAUCUUCAAGUUGAUAUGGGCGCAGUGCAUUCUGUUUGUGAAGUGGCCACGCAAAUGUUAAACACUGGCGCGUACACCAAAACGUAUUACUUACGAGUUUCAGUGGAUGGAGCAACCUGGAACACGUACGAGGAGAACAAAACUACAAAGGUAAACUAUAACUUAGUAUGCAUGUAGCUUUCACUUUUCCUUAGCUUACGCGCAGCCAUCCAAACCCUCUCCCGCCGUUUCUGACUUUUUUGAGCGGUGUUGGGGCGUGGUUUGUGGGGGUUGGUUUGGCGGUUGGUGUACGGUCACAUCUGUAUGCUAGUUAUAUAACUAGAGCGGCUGGAUUUUUUCCUGAGUAGCCCAGCUCGGUAACCAAGAUACCUUGGUCUAUUUAAUGUGAACAUAGGCACCAAUUCAAGGUUUGGGUUUACAUAAUUAAUAUAGUGAUGUGUACACAAGUGUCCAUCCAAGCCUCGGCUUUGUCUCAAAUACGCACGUAUGUGCUGGCGUAAGAGCACGUAAAAAACAACGUCAGAGCUUUUAAUGUUAAUAAGCAUAUUUAACUUAACAACAACAAAACAAGGCCCAGGGUUGUCAUUAAGAGCCGGGGGCCGGGGAUUUUCCUCGGCUACUAAGAGAGUGGCCCCCGGCUACUUUUAUUGGAAAAUAGUAGAAAAAUAGAACCAAAACAAAUCCCUAGCCAUUUGAUUCCCCGCCUACUUGUUGUAUUUACCCGGCAACUUAAAAUCUUAGUGACAACCCUGAAGGCCCCUGAAAGCUGGGUAGCGCUCCUUAAAGAAUAGAUCGCAACAAGAGCCAUGGCUCUUGGUCGCAAUCGAGAGGGUAAGUAUUUAAGGAAAACCAACUGUGUUGUCCAGUGGAUAAAUAUUUAUCCGGUAGAUAGCGUUAUCCAGCAGCUUUUGAACAAUUGAGAACUGAUCCAACAAGAAACGAAAUUGACCAAUGGCAUAUAGUAGAAUUAAGCACCGGAAAUAUUUUCUGCGCGCUUUGACGUUCUCAUGGUCACGUAAUUGUCCUGACUGCUGUUUGAAGCCACACAUGCAAAAUAAUUAGUCGUAUGGACUCCUUUUGGCUUUGACUUUAUUUAAAUCAAAAGUGACUUCAUGAACAAUCAAGGACGUGAUAUACUUAGUUUAAAAAGAAACCAUGACAUCAUCGAUUUGAAAAUGGCUAAGAACUCGACAAACCGGUUAAAACACCUUGUUAAAAAUAGCACCUGACGCUAUCUUUAAAACUGAAGCUGUGUCCAACGAAAGCAGUCAAAACUCAAACACUGGUAACGGCCACGAGAUUGAGUAAAACAUAAAAAUAACCGCCCACAAUGUUAAAAGAAACUAGGUAUAAAUAACAAAGUAAAUGCAAAAGAAGGCAGAGAUCACACAGAUGGACAAACAUGCAGUUGAUUGAAGUGGAAGCAAUUGUGGUGUUUGAAAACUUGUUAGCCUCGGCACUGGUUUUUCAAAAAAUUAAUUUUUGUUGUUUGCAACGUUUGAGAUAGUCCUUGGGAGAUAUAUUUGUUUUACAAGAAGCAGUGAUUUUGUCAUUCAAAAAUUUCAUAGCGAAUUAUGUCGCGUAAUUUGCGUGUUUAUAAACAAAGUGAACUAGCCAGCCGUGACACAACCUCCCCUCAUUUCCUUUAUGAGAUAAACAGUGCCGGAUCCAGACCUUGAGAUGGAAGGGGGGGGGGGCUCAUCCAGACCAAAAAAUCUUUUUUCGGCCCUUUGGGCCUCAGUUUGCGUAAAAAUACGGGAGGGGGGGGGGGUGGGCUCCCCGAGCCCCUCCCCUGAAUCCGCCACUGAUAAAUACUUAUGGGCUAUGACAUCAUCGACUAAUGAAUUCCACUUCAAACAAACAGGGUAAAGCAUCCCUAGUAUACUGCUAAGGGUUAUUUGUUUUUCACUUGCAGGUUUUCCAAGCAAGUACCGUUCUGAAGAGUGUCGUAACACAGAAACUCAGUCAAGUGGUGAAAGCAAGAUUCGUUAGGUUUUUUCCUAUAACAUAUCAUAGCUGGCCUUGUUUAACUGUUGAAAUUUAUGUCCUCCCACCUGGAUAUUGAAAAAUUCGGUUAAGAACCAGUUUUCAUUCAAAAUCAUUUGGUCCUUUCCGUCGGGAUGCUCUCACAAUUUCGUUUGAUUGAUAGUAGUAUUCAUUUUAACUUACAGCUGGGCGGACCUCCGUUUUAAGGACUCUUCACGGGGACAAAUCCCAUUCGCCGACACUUUUUUUCUCCUUCAUUUAUGAGUAAACAGGCUUUUUCCAGAGCUAAGAGGCACUGAUAGUCCACUUACCUGGGUUUCCCUCUGGAUGUUUGAAUACACCAAGGCCCGGCUAGCUCUUUUAGUGUUUUGAAUACCGUACUGGAUGGCGUAAAAUACAGUAAAACGUAACCCCGCAAAUAGGAACCCGCAUUUUUCUACGUUAGCCUAAAUAGGUUUUUAUAUAAAGGGUAAGCACAAGUUUAGCCUAUUUAUAGCUAUAGGAUCUUAUUAUUGAUUAAAAAAUAGAUUCUUAUUUUCUGAAGGCAAAAAUACAGUAUAGCUAAGAGUAUUUAGUGCUUCAGCUUAUUUCUCAUAUAAUAUCUGCAUACCCUUACCUUGCAGUUGGGAUGAUAAGGCACCUGUCUCCAAACAGGAUUCUGAAUGUUGACUUAUUUGCCCAAGUGUACAACAUUUUUAUACAUUUUAAAACUGAGAACCUGUCUCAAAUUUUAGGCUAAACAGGUUCUUAUAAAGAUGGGGCUUAACUGGAAAAUUUUAGCCUAACACUGGUUCUUAAAAUCCAAGUUCUAAGUUGCGGGGUUUUAUUGUAUUUUAAAAGCACAAUUUCUUUAAAAGAGCAGUAGCAAUAGGGAAAAAUAAAUAUCACUGAUUGUAAAGGGAUGUUUUGGUAGAGGUGUACCACCGAAAAAUCAAACUGUGACCUACCCUGUGAAAGACAAAAGCUGCUCGUUUCGCUUCCCUGUCUUACGCCCUUCAACCAGAGCCUUUCUUUCGCUAGCGCUCGAUUUUUACGUACUCGAGAAAGCUUCUUCAUAAAUAGAGUAAGAUCUUUGUUGAGCAUGUGCGGCUCUCUGCUAGGCUUUUGUCGAUUGCGCUAGCAUAAUGUUUAGCAUAAUUUGGCAGAACGAGCAUAAUUUUUAGCGUUUUUUAAAGAAAAGCACUGCUAGCACGUUAUGAAAAAUCGUCAUAAUUUUGUACUGAAUAUAGAUUAAUAUAUAGAUUCGACCAAGAAACAUCUACUCCCUUACAUCAAAACCAAAAGAGCG